GGGAUGGUGUUGUCAGCUGAGUACAUCAAAAAGAAACUGGAGCAGGAGAUGGUGCUUUCUCAGGCAUUUGGGCGUGAUUUGGGCAGAGGAACAAAACACUAUGGCCUCAUUGUGGUGGGUCACUCCUUGGGAGCAGGCACAGCCGCCAUUCUUUCCUUUUUGCUGCGUCCACAGUAUCCCUCUUUGAAAUGUUAUGCCUACUCUCCCCCUGGUGGGCUGUUAAGUGAAGAUGCCAUGGAGUACUCCAAAGAAUUUGUGACUGCAGUUGUACUGGGCAAGGAUCUAGUACCUAGGAUUGGCCUCUCACAACUGGAGGGAUUCCGCCGGCAGCUUCUUGAUGUUCUGCAGAGGAGUAACAAGCCAAAGUGGAGAAUCAUUGUGGGAGCAACCAAAUGCAUACCCAAGUCUGAGCUCCCCGAAGAGCCUGAAGUGAAUUCAGUGGCCAGUCAUCGUCUCUGGACCCAUCCCAGUGAUUUAACCAUUGCCCUGUCAGCCAGCACUCCACUCUAUCCUCCUGGGCGUAUCAUUCAUGUGGUUCACAAUCAUCCAGCAGAGCAGUGCUGCUGCUGUGAUCAGGAGGAACCUACCUAUUUUGCCAUUUGGGGUGACAACAAAGCUUUUAAUGAAGUGAUCAUUUCCCCAGCAAUGCUACAUGAACACUUACCAUAUGUAGUCAUGGAAGGUCUUAAUAAGGUCCUGGAGAAUUACAAUAAGGGCAAAACAGCCUUGCUUUCUGCAGCCAAAGUGAUGGUGAGUCCCACAGAAGUGGAUCUCAACCCGGAGUUAAUCUUCCAGAAUCAGCCCCUGCCUAGUAGACCCUCUGUGCAGAUUGGAAUUGGAAUUGGAGACAUAACAGUGGACAGAAGGAACAGCAGCACUAAGAGUAAGGCUCACUCUGAAAUCAGCUUGGAAGGGUUUUAUGACACCAAGCUUCUAUCUCCAGUGCAGAAGGAUCCUGUGGAGCUCCUACUUCUAGACACAAAGGAGCGCCUGUCUGUCGAACUGCAGGACCGGCGUGCUCCUCUUGCCACUAUGGAGAGCUUGUCUGAUAACGAAUCAAUUUACAGUUUUGAUUCAAGGCGCUCCUCUGGUUUCCGUAGCAUUCGUGGCUCACCCAGCCUCCAUGCAGUAAUGGAAAAAGAUGAGACUCACUGUUUUUAUAUUGAUCCAGCAAUCCCUGAGGAGAAUCCCUCUCUCAGCUCACGGACAGAGCUGCUUGCUGCUGACAGCCUCUCCAAACACUCCCUGGAGACGCAGCCUCCUGAAGCCCCGCACCCCAGUGGUGGCACCUCCCCCCAGCGGCGAUGCAGUGAUGAAGGAGCUGGCAAUGACACAGACCAUGUUUCCUUUACUGCUCGGGAGGAACUGACCCUUCAGAAUGGGCGGCUCAGUGAUGCCCCCAGUCCACAAGUGCUGGAGUUCGCUGAGUUUAUAGACAGCCUCUUUAAUCUGGACAGCAAAAGCAGCUCCUUCCAGGACAUCUAUUGCAUGAUGGUAUCAGACAGCACUAGUGAUUUUGCUGAGAUACCCAAGUCUGUCAGUGAUCAGGAGAUCCUGCUUAGAGCACAGUAUGAGCCCAACCUAGUCCCAAAGCCCCCCAGGUUAUUUGCUGGUUCAACAGAUCCCUCCUCAGGCAUAUCAGUUUCCCCUUCUUUCCCUUUGAGUUCUUCUGGCGAGCUUAUGGACAUCACUCCUACUGGCAUGAGAGGGGACUAUGAAGCAUUAGUUCAGCUACAGUACAUGACUAAUGUUCUCUGUGUGUUGACAACCUCCAUGUAG